AUGGGAAAGUCGCGCCGCAACAGGGCCAAGGCGAGGCAACGCUCUGAUCCUAUCGCAAGAGUAAUCAAGCCGCCCACAGACCCUGAGCUGCUCGCGAUACGGGAUAAGAGCAUUCUGCCCGUCCUCAAGGACCUGCAAAGGCCCGAACCAAAGGCCCGGACAGCUGCGGCUAGAGCCAUCGCCAAUAUCAUCCAGGACGCAAAGUGCCGAAAGUUGCUCCUGCGCGAGAAAAUCGUCCUCAUCCUCCUUGACGAGACCCUCACUGAUGCAAGCUUGGAGAGCAGAGCUGCUGGAUGGGAAAUCCUUCGUAUCCUCACAGCUGAGGAGGAGGCAGACUUCUGUGUUCACUUAUACCGAUUGGAUGUCUUGACUGCUAUUCGGCAUGCUUCAAUGCAGAUCGUCAACACUAUUACCUCGACAAAUCCUGCGUUUAGUAAAACUACCAAGGCUGAACAAAAUUUCGUUUGGAGCAUUGCCGAGGCGCUUGCGGCAAUAUUAGGAGGCUUAGCUGAAGCUCAGGAUGAAGCUUUGCUCGCCGCUGCGGGCGACAAACAAAUACAUCGGUUUCUGUUCACCCUUAUAUCCGUCCACUCUACGACUGCAUCGGCUUUGAACAGCGUCUUAUCCUGUAUGAUAACACUAUCCGAGGACAACGAGCAGUUUGCAGACGCGGUCCUUGGAGACGAAAUUACCGAGUGCUACAAGCAACUUAUCGCCUUGAAGAAUAGCGACGGGUACAAGGCAGUCUUAGCCUGCGGUGUAUUGCACAACCUGUUCUCCGCAGCGAAGUGGAACGAUUUCAGUCCUGGGAAAGAUAAUGCUUGCGAUGCCGAUCUUGUCCCCACCCUCUCCCAAACGCUUGAGUACACUCAGCUGAGCGAGAAUGCGAUGGACGAUCAUGUCUCAACGUGCCCGGCGGAAAGAUUGCAGUUGGCACUGGAGAUUCUAGCAUCCAUCGGGACCACUCUUCAGGAAACCCUAGAGAAAGGACGCCGGGGGAAUGGAAAGGAGUCAUGGGAGGGAUUUGACGACAAGGAUGACACAAUGGAUACCGAUCAUGACGAACGGCAUACUGACGACGAUGUGGUCGGAGAAGACGGGGAGAUGAACCAAGACGAAAUGGAAGCAGAUAUGGAUAUGGUUACGGCGGUAGACGGCCACGAUGAGGAACUCUCCGGAAUCGAUGAUUUUCCCACCUUGAAGCAGCUUAUCCAAAAAGCGAUUCCCCAGGUUGUGAGGCUGUCUCGGACCAGUAGCAGUAUGGACGAGGCGUCAAGCCUGAUACGCAGCUACGCUUUAGCGGCCCUAAACAACAUUUCGUGGACGGUAAGUUGCAUCGAUUUCGCCCGAGGGCCAAGUGCAGCGGUAUUGCGGACCUGGGCGCCGGUGGCGCAAACGAUCUGGGAACAGACAAUAACGCCAAUUCUUUCAAGCGAUACAACUGACGUCGAUCUCGCAACGAUUGUGACGAGUCUUGCCUGGGCUAUUGCGAGGACCUUACAUAGUCAGACGUUCCUCAGCGGAGAUGAACAUAAGAAGUUCAUAUCGCUCUAUCACGCUUCCAAGAACUUCAACACUGACCAUGGUGACCCAUUACAAAGCCUUGGGGUCAAGUGUAUUGGAGUCCUAGGCCAGAUCGCGCUCAGGGUGCCGCUUGAGCUGAAUCGGGAGAUAGGUAUCUUCCUCCUUACCGUCGUGAAAACGCUACCCGAGACACCGGCUGCGGACGCCGUGGAAGCUUUAAAUCAGAUCUUCGAUGUUUAUGGCGACGAGAACAAAGCAUGGGAUAGGGAGGUCUUUUGGAGAGAUAACUUCCUGCAACACCUAGAAGAUGCCGCUCCACGAGUGAAGGCUAUGGUUAAAAAGAUCGACAAGAGAACGUCCACCGAGUUACGCACACGAGCUGAGGAGGCGAAUUUGAAUCUUUCAAGAUUCAUCCACUAUAAGCAAAAGCAUCGGCCAUGA